AUGGAUCCCAUCGACGUCGAAGGAAAUGUCAACGUCCUUAGUAAAGACGAAGUUCUCGCCAUGCAUGCUGAGCAGAUCAUCGAAGACGAGAGGAAGCACGAGGAGCCAACCUUGCCCAAGUCACAGGUCCGUCGAUUCAUGUGGCAGGUCGACCUUCACGUCUUGCCUAUGCUUGGACUUAUCUACGCUGUUUCAAUCAUUGAUCGAAUCAAUAUCGGCAGUGCUAAAGUCCUCGGAAUGCAACAAGAUUUGAACCUGGGGACGCAAAGAUAUUCGAUCAUCCUCAUGCUGUUCUUUCCAGGAUAUGCUCUGUCUGAUGUUCCCUCUAACUGGAUUCUCACAAAAGUCGAACCACGCUGGUGGCUUCCCUUUUUGACUUUUUCUUGGGGAGCAGUGCUUUGUGGAAUGGGAUUCCUCCAUAGCUGGGGUGCGAUGGCAUUUCUGCGUUUCCUCCUGGGCACGUUUGAGGGAGGCGUGCUUCCGGGUAUCACCUUCACAAUUGCCUGCUGGUACACUAGGCGAGAGUUGCACAAGAGGAUAGCAUUUGCUUACGCUGUUGGCGUCGUCGCCUCCGCAUUAGCUGGCAUUCUAUCCUAUGGACUUGGUUCCAUGAGUGGAGCUCGCAAUAUGAAUGGCUGGCGGUGGAUCUUUUCUAUCGAAGGUGGUGCGUCAAUGGCAAUCGGCCUGAUCGCACCUUUUUUCGUUCCAAAGUUCCCGGAUCACACGAAAUGGAUCAAGCCCGAUGAACGAGUGUAUUUGUACAACAAGCUCGACAGGGAUCGUGGAGAGUACAAAACAGCCAAAGUUGUGUGGUCAGCUUUUGUCGAAACGGCAAAAGACUGGACAUUGUGGGCACAAGGCACAAUCUAUUGUUUCAAUGUCGGGACAGCGAAUGCUACCGCCUUCUUCACGCCAACAAUCAUCAAGGGAUUAGGGUACUCUGGUUUAGAAGCCAGUCUUCGAUCCGGCUAUCCCUUCUUUGCAGCUCUUGGGCUUUUGGGAAUUACUUCUUACCUAUCGGAUAAGUAUCAAAAGAGAGCAUCCAUCUGCAUUUUCAAUUCCAUCGUUAUGAUCGUUGGCUUUUCAAGUAUGUCUUCUCGCUUUUCCAAUGACGUUCGAUACUUGGGUAUCUUUCUCGCAACAAUGGGCGUUCAUUCAAAUACUCCUGCACUCCUUGCUUUCAACCAGUCCAACACGAUCGGAUCAGCUGCAAGAGCAGUAUCUUCUGGGAUCUUGAUCGCUUGUGGUGCAAUCGGAGGUAUCAUUGGGAGUCUUAUCUUCAGAGGUCAAGAUGCUCCUUCAUACGGUCCUGGAAUCUACACAACCAUCGGUCUAACGGCGUACAUGGUCAUCGCAUUGACGUUUAUGGUGUACAUCUAUUGGAAACGUAACAUUGCCGCCGAUCGGGGCGGCGUUGAGAUCGGAGGUAUUCCAGGCUUCAGAUAUGCACUUUGA